AUGUCACCCAAACAAAGUCUAGAGCCGGAACGCCUGCAUGAGGCCAAGCAGGCAUUAUCGCCGAGUCAUCACAUCGCCAAAACCUCGUUGACCCAGCGGGUCCAGACUCUCGCCCUGGCCAUCUUCCUGGCAUGUUGUUGCUUCACCGUGACCAAUGCGCUCUCGUCCCACGAGCUCCUCAGCAUUGAGGAUCGGGUGGACCGAAUCCUGUCGCGCACGCCGUUGAUCGACGGCCAUAAUGAUCUGCCCAUUUUCGUCCGUGAGAACUUCAAGAACCGAAUCUACCAGGAGGAUUUCACGGCUCCCUUCACCCAGGGCGGAUUCCCAGGGCAUGUCGACAUCCCGCGGCUGUCGGAGGGCAAGGUGGGCGGCACGUUCUGGAGUGUCUUUGUGGGGUGUCCUGCGAACGGGUCUGAUUUCUCAGACGACAACUAUGCCAAGGGUGUGCGCGAGACGGUCGAGCAGAUCGAUGUCAUGACCCGCCUGCAGCAAGCUUACCCCGACACGUUCUCCACGCCCCCCAACGGCACGACCGCACGGCAGGCCUUUGAAGACGGCAAGAUCAUCUCGCCCCUAGGCGUCGAAGGCCUGCACUCGAUCGGCAACUCGCUGGCCUACCUGCGAGACUUUCACGCGCGGGGCGUGUCCUACGCGACGCUCACGCACAACUGCCACAACCGCUACGCCGACGCGGCCGUCCUCAGCACGCCCGACGGCGGAGUGAAAAGGGCCGAGCCCCUGUGGCACGGCGUCAGCCCGGCGGGCCAGCAGCUGGUGCUCGAGAUGAACCGCCUAGGGAUGAUCGUGGACUUGUCCCACGUCAGCGCCGACACCAUGCGCGAUGUCCUGGGCGCGGGGGAAGACGGGUGGGCGGGCAGCCGCGCCCCGGUCAUGUUCAGUCACAGCUCCGCGUACGCCCUGUGUCCCCAUCCGCGCAACGUCCCGGACGACGUGCUGGACCUGGUCCGCCAGCGGAACUCGAUCGUCAUGGUCAACUUCUCGCCGAGCUUCAUCGCGUGCGUGGCGUCCGACCAACCGGACGGCAUCCCCGACCCGGAUCCAGCCCACGAAACGCUCGCGCGGGUGGCGGAACACAUCGUUUAUAUCGGGGAGCGCGCGGGGUUCGACCACGUCGGCCUCGGCAGCGACUUUGACGGCAUUCCCACGGUGCCCCACGGCCUCGAGGACGUGUCCAAGUUCCCCGCGCUGGUUGCGGAGUUGCUGCGACGCGGGGUGAGCGACGCUGACGCGGCCAAGGUAGUGGGGGGGAAUCUGCUGCGGGUGUGGGCGGAGGUGGACCAGGUUGCGCUUGAGAUGCGCAAGGAGGGCGCCCUUCCGGCAGAGGAUGAUCUCUCGUAA